UGUACAAUCAAUAUAUAAACGACAUCGCUCAUUUUCUGGUUGCUGCAGAAUACACUUCUUAUUUCAAGCUUGGACUUCUCCUUCUAAUUAGCUGGGGCUGGGGCACAGCAAUAGCUAGCUCACUGGUCAUUGGUCAUCGAAUCUCGUUCUCGUACGCAAACUAAGUGAACUCGUUAGCUUUCAAAACCUAACAAUUGGCGACGGGGUAAAAAAAUACAAUCCAAAGUCAGCCGGUUCUGAUUAAGAAAAAAAAAAGACUCUCCCUUCCGAUCGAUUACAGCUGCUGUUUGAGCGACAAUUGGAGUUCUUAGUCAAUUUACGCACACAGCUGCGGAAUCGCUCAUGCUUUGAAAAUGCGACGGAAUUGGAUGGAUUAAUUUCUCAAUUGCGCACCGAGCUAGAAAAUAAUUGCAGCCCUCAUGAAUCCUUAGCAAACCGUAUUUCAAACGAUACAGCUGUCACUCAAGAUCCGCCUGGUGAUCCAGUGCUCCCCACUCCAGAAACAUGCGCGGUAAUGGAUCCAAACUCCAUUAUCCCCGAAACAGCAUGUAAAGACAGUGAUGCAUCCAGCUCACAAAAGGACGCCCUGCUAAAUGUUCAUGGAAGUGUUGCAGUAACCACCCAUGAAACAGAAAAUAAAUCGAGCAGUACAAUGAAGGCAGCUGCUCCAAAUGGUUCUCAUCAUUAUGUGACACAAUUUUCUGACGAAUCUUAUUAUCGAGAUUCUGUUUUACCAGAACAUAGAUCAGAUGUUGAUUGCCUUAAUGAUUCAUCAUCUAUAAAUGAGGCUCCCAAUAAAAUUGAUAACAAGAUUUCAGGAGAUUCAAACUCUGAUGACCUCAAAUUAAAUUGCGUUUAUCCUCACUACCCAGUCCAUUUUACUGGAUUCUCUGCUCAAUAUGUUUUAAAUACAGUCAAGCUAAUUGUAAUUUGGGUAUAUGAGGACCCAACACUGUUUCGUGGGGGAGGGCGAACUAGGAAAAUUUAA